UAAUCUACUCCGCUCUAAUGUUCUUCGAGUUUUUCAUCUGUUAUUGCUAUCCUGCUCAAGAUCUGACUGAUGAAGCAGAUAAGCUUUCGGAAAGUAUUUAUUCUAGUCGUUGGUACGACUAUCCGAUUUAUCAGAAAGAUGUAUUGAUGCUGACUGGCAAAACUCAGAUACAAGUUAUAUUUACAGUUGGAGGCAUUUUGAAGCUAGACUUGCCAACCGGGAUGGCUGCAAUCAAAACAAUGUUUUCGUAUAGUAUGUUCCUGAGGACGAUGACCAUGAUUAACUAA